AUGGCACCAUGGAUUGUCAUUUCCUCUAUGGUCCAGGAAGGUAUUGAGUAUGGCUGCCAGCAGAUGGGUAGACCAUUGUCUUAUGAUGAGCUUACUUUUAAUUGCCCCCGCCUUGAGUAUGCGAGGCUUUGUGUUGAACUUGAUCCCUCAAUCCCUCUAGUUCACCAAUUUGAUAUUGAAAGUCCACUUUCGGAUGCGCGAAUCAAAGUAGAGGUGGAGUAUGAAUGGAAACCAAAAAAGGCUCGCAGUGCAAGGUUUUUGGACAUAAUUAUGUUGCAGCCACCAAACCAUAAAUCGUGGCGGGCACUACGGUUGGUGAAAACACCAAAGGAAAAGCAAACAAGGUAUCCAGUUCCUGACUAUAAACACAAAGGGUCGGUGGGAGUAAAGGUAGGAGAGCCGGCUUUGUCAGCCCCGGCUGAGUUCGUUCCUCCCCGGCUUACGGUUCAGUUACUUGCCUUUGAACCUACGCUCUCUCCUUGGCCCGGUGCGCCUUCUUCGGUAAAGACUGUCUCCUUCCCUUCUGACUUUCCUGAGCGCUUAGGAUCACACUGGAGUAACAAGACGACCAGAAAGACCGGGAAGGCCCGCCAGGCCGUAUGCCCAUGGGUGCAGGAUUCUUCGAAAAAGCGCGGGCUGACUCGGAGGCCUAGGACAGGCGAGACUCUCUCUAAAUUCAAAAAUAGAAAUCGCAUACCAUUUGUCGAUAUACGUAUAGGAAGAUGGUUACAUUAUAUUAAAUGUCAUUCAGGCCAAGGCGCAAGGCUGGCUCGAGCCGCAGCGCAGGAACUUUAGCUAAAAUAAUGAAGGCCCCCUACACUCUCUCUUAGGCUUGUGCGGCUACCUUCGGGUGUUGAAAAAGUCAUUGAUUCCCGAUGCCGAGCUACUAUUGGUAUAGUUUCCAAUCCCAACCAUGAUGCACAAAAGCUUAGAAAGCAG